UGCUUUCAAAUUUCAUCAAAUAUCCAUCAUUAAUAUUCGAAUCAGCAUUUGAAAAUGUAGAAACUCAUGUUUCAUACAUGUACUAUUUUGACUUGAAACUCAAUGAAUUUUCAGAAAAAAUAAAUGACUUGUAACAUUCGGAAAUUUCCAAAAUUUUAAUUUCAGAAAUGUAUGAAAAUGUGGACGACACAAAUAAGGAAAAUGUUAGCAAAACCAAGAUUGGCGAGAAAACAUGUCCAUCUAUCCUACGUAGACAUAAUGCACAAAAUGCGGACAACCCGGAAUUGAAGCUAAGUAAUAAUGUUCCAAAAAUCAGUACAUGCUUACGAAAGAAAAUAUCAAUAAAUGAUGAAAAUGAUAUUACCAACAAAUGUGUGAAAUGUAUUAGAAAUGAAAAAACGGGAGACCAAAGAAUAUAUGGAUUCCAUAAUAAAUUAGUUGAAAUGGAGACCAGAAAAUGCCCUUUCCAAGAUAUCCAAGUGAACACGAAAACAUUGCAGCAAGGAAAUCAAGAACAAGAAUAUGCUGCGAAAGCACUGAGUGACAUAAAAAUGAUAGCGGAACAUAUGACGGUAUUAUCUCAAAAUAUACAGCCAAAACUAUUAAUGAAAAACAAUUCAAAAUCAGAAAAUAACAACCAGUCCAGUUCAGGGCAGAUAGUUUCGUCAAAUAUUCCUGUAUUUCAAACUGCUGAUAAAAUGGAAGAUAGAGGAAAGGAAUUCAAAAGAAAAAAAUUGUCUGCUACACAACAAUCAUUGAAAAUUGAUAUCAUUCCAAAAGCCAUAGACAACAAUGGAACAAAAGCAAAAAUGUAUACAAUAUCAAAAGAAAAAUCAAUUAAGAGUGAAUGUGUUUGUUCAGAAUCAGAUCAACGAGCUAAGAAAGGAUGCAACGCUGUUAAACAAGCAUCACAAGUAAAAUAUACGCUGAGAAAAUCCUUUUUGGAUAGUUUGUCAUCAGUUAUAAAUGGGAUAGAACAAAAAUCCAUUGUUCCCGCUUUUAAUAAAUUACAGCUAAAAAGUAUUCCACUUAAAAGUUUACCUUUAUCAGUCAACAAACUCGUUUGUCCAUAUAGCUGUCCAUCACCUGUGAAGAUACCAACAGAUAAACCCCAGAAAUUGUUUAUAGAAACAAACAAAUCCAACACAAAGUUGGAUGUAAAAGAGAAUCUCAAUCUUUGUAAGUCAAGUAUAUGCAAGAAGCAGACAAAUGAAAAUGAAAUACAUGAAUCAGAUAAAUACAGUAGCUCAGAACUGAGCAAAAUACAAAGCAAAACAAUCAAAGCUGCAUGUCCAAUUGUGUGCUCGAGACUAAAAGAUAUAAUACCAAAAAUAUCCAGCAUUCCUGAAAAAAAGUCUGAGAAUAAUAGCAAUUAUCCAUCUUCAUCUUGUAAGUCUCGUAUCUGCAACAAACGAGUGAUCGAAGAGCGAGAUUCAAAGCCUCUCUCAAAUCAAGACAUUAAAAGUGGAGUGAAUAAAGUGAGGCUGUCGAUUGAACAUGGUAGUUUGAGUGCACUCAAUAGACAAAAUAAUAUUCCCAAAACUGUAUUUCCAGAAAAUUUCCCAAAAUCUGAAAAAAAGUCAGAACCAAUUCUAUCGAAAGUAAAUGAAGAGCAGAAGACAAAACCUUUCUUGAAUCAAGAACUUAAUUUCGAAACAUUGAAGCUGUCGGACAAAUAUAGUACCGAGAUUCCAUGUCCAAUUGCGUGCCCGAAAACAGAAGAGAAGCCGAAAUAUAUUGUACCGGAAUCAUUGAUAUCACACAAUAAUCAGAUAAAGCCCCAUAAUAAUGACAUACUUUCAUCUCCAUCUUAUUCUUGUAAAUCCCGUAUAUGCAACAAACGAGCAAAUGAAGAACAGAAGACAAAACCCUUCCCUAACCAAGAACUUAAUUUUAACUCUUAUAAAGUUAAUCUGUCGGACGAAUAUAGUACCGGAAUACCAUGUCCAAUCGCGUGCCCGAAAACAGAAAAAGUAUCAAAGUAUAUUAUACCGGAAUCAUCGAUUUCUCACAACAAUGAAAAAAAUCCACAGAAUAAUGAAAUACUUCCAUCAACAUAUAAUUGUAAAUCCCGUAUUUGCAACAGACUACCAACUGAAGAUCCGGCGCUGGAAUUGCUCCCAAAACAAGAAACUAAAUUAGAUGGAGAGACUAUAGAAGUCUCAGAUAAUAUUGUACCAAAAAUUGCGUUAUCAGAUAAUAGUGAAGAAAAAUACCGAAACAAUGAUAUUGCCCUAUCUUCGUAUCAAUGUAAGUCCCGCGUAUGCAACAGAAAAGCAAAUGAAGAUCGUGACUCCGAGUUACUUUCAGCUCAAGUAACUAAACUGGAACCAAAUGAAGUGAAGCAGCCGGAUGCGUCCAGAAGACAAGCCAAUAAAUGUCCAGCUACCUGUCGGAUAACUGAGAGAGCAUCACAACAUACAUUACAAUUAUCCAUGUCUGUUAUUCGUGAGAAGAAGCUCUCUGAUAAUAUCCUUCCACCAUUGUUUUUAUGUAAGUCGAAAGUGUGCAACAGACAAGCAAAUAUUGCGAAGUAUUUUCAUCCACCUGAUACAUCGACACCAAAACUCAACUUAAUCGCAGCCCGUUCUGUCUGCCCUUCGUCGCAAUUGUUAACUCCAGAACUUGGAACCAAGAAGAUGAAAGAGGCAUGUAGAUCAAAGUUAUGCCAAUUGUCAAUAGUCACCGGGUGUAAAUCCAUCAUAUGUAACCCAAAACCAAAGGAAACAUGCCAAUCGAGGAUUUGCUCUAUAAAAUCUAAACUUGAUUAUGCAGAAAGUAUAGGAGCCGAGGGAAAACCGGGGGAUUUCGUGAGUGAACCCAUUUCAAAAACUGAUAUUAAAGAUGGGUUAACACCAAUAGUCGACAGAUUACCACCUCAGGAUAUUACGAAACAAGUUGAACCUGAAGCUGGGUAUGGUAUAUCAACAGAUAUAGAAAUUCUUGGAAAACCAAAAGUAGAAGAAGAGCUGAAAACAAAGUCGGUAGGGGAAGUUGAGCUACCUUUACAAUCUGAGUUAAUACCAGCAAAAUUGGGUUCAGAACCGACAGAAACACCAGGAGUAGAAUUUGUAGUAAAACCAGAAAUCGAGGGAGUAGCUGAAGUUAGAAAAGGUACAAUAGUAGAAGUGGAUGAAACCGCCAUAAUACCAGCACUUAAGCCAAUAGAAGCAGCUGCAAUAGAGCCUAAAGGCCUUCCAAUAGAGACAGAAAUAGCACUUAAAAAAAUACCAGAUGCUGAGACUCCAAUUGCAGCAACAGGAGAAGCUACAAUGAUACCGCAAGUGAAAUCGAAAGAACAAGUAACUACAGAUAAGUUGAAAGAUGAAAUGGAUUUUGAGAAAACAAAGGAACUUGGUUUCGAGCCAAGAGUACAACAAGAAAAACAAAAGGCUGCUACUUUAUCAGAAACAAAACUACAGCCUAUAAUGAAACCACAAGAAGACAAAUCAGUAAUUGAAUCUAUCGAGGAGUCUGUAGUUCCGUCAAGCAGAGAACGUGCAGAAACAAAAAAGACAGAUUUGAUUAAGCCUAGUAAGGAGCCUAUAGGGAAACUUUUAUUAAAACCGGAAGAAACAUAUGAAGUAAAGACUGAUGAACUCACAGGGAAGUCAGAAUCUCCAAUACAACCACUAAAAGCCGAUGCAGCAGUAAUACCUUCAACAAAAACUGGAGAUGUACCUGAAACAAAACCGAAAGAAGAAGAUGUAAUACAAACGAAAGUAGAAUCUUCGAUGAAGUUGGAGGACAAAAAUAGAGCAAUGUUGGCAAAGAAACCGGAAGUAGAACCAAAAGAAUUGAAAAGAAUGGAUGAUGAUCAUGCGAGAACUAUAGACGAUAUGACGAAACUGCCAAAAUUGGAAUCCGAAGCAAAAGGAGAAAUGAAGUCUGAAACAGAAAGGAAAGGAUCAUUGUUCGAAGAAAAAAUAGGAGAGAAAGGUAAAGAAGAACUGAGGAAAAAGGAGAAGGAAAUAAGUUCAGCGAAAGAGGAUUAUAAGGAGGAGUAUGGAAAAAAGGGAGAAGAGAAAGCGGAAGAAAAGGGAAUUGAUAAGCAAGGAGCACAAGAAGAGAGAAAAGCUGGAGAAGAGGGAAAGAGAGAAGCGAAGAGAGAAGGUGAAGGGGAUGAGAAGAAACAGAAAGAGAAGGAAUCUGUUCCAAAGAAGGAAAUGAAAAAUUAUGAAGAGAAAAAGAAGGAGGAAAUAAAAUACGACGUAAUUCCGAAGAAAGAGAAGGUAGAAAUUGUGAAAGAAAGAGGAUUAACUGAAGGAAAAUCAUUAGGUGACGAUAAAAGCGCGAAAAUGGCAGAUGAAUCUGGAGAUCAAAAAGAAGUUAAAGAAGAUCUGAAGUCACAAUUAAAAGCAGAAAAAGCAGGGGGGAUAGCGGAAGACAGAAAAGGAGAACAGAAAAAAAUGAAAAUGGAGAAGGAGAAACAGGAAGAAAUGCAAACGGAGAAAAAUAAGGCGGGUGAAGAGAAAUUGAUUGAAACAAAAAGGGAACAAGAGGAAGAUAAAAGGAAGAAAAUGGGACAGGAGAAGAAUAAGGAAGAUGAGAAAGAAAUGAAAAUAGAAAAAGAAAUGGAAAAAGGAAUUGGAGAUAAAAAGAAAGAGGAGAGGGAAGAUGGAAAGGUGAAGGAACAAAAAAUCGAGAAGAAGGUAGAAGAGCAACUGGAGAACCUGGAGAAAGAAAAGGAAAAGGAGAAGAAAGAACAAAAAAUCGAGAAGAAGGUAGAAGAGCAACUGGAGAACCUGGAGAAAGAAAAGGAAAAGGAGAAGAAAGAACAAAAAAUCGAGAAGAAGGUAGAAGAGCAACUGGAGAACCUGGAGAAAGAAAAGGAAAAGGAGAAGAAAGGGUACCAAGAAGAGAAGAAGGAUAAAGUAGACGAGAAGGAGAAAGGGAAGAUUGGAGAGGGAGAGAAAAAGGAUAUAGUGAAGGAAGAAGACGGGCGGAAAAAGGAGAAGGUGGACAGUGAACUGCCGGAGACGAUGAAGGAGAAAAGAAUAGAAGAGAAAGAGAUGAUGAUGAUGAAAGAGAAGGGAAAAGAGAAGGAAAAAGAGGAGACUCUGAAAGGGAUGAAGCAGGAGAAGGAGAGAGGGGAGGCACCAGAGAAGCCAGAGAAGGACAGGAAGGAAAAGAUGGAUAGGAAGAUAGAGGAGAAGAAAGAAGAGGAGAAGGUGAUGGAAAUUAAGAGGGUAGAAGGGGAGAGGCAGGAGAUGAAAGUCAAACAAAAAGGGGAAGAAGAGAGUAAAGUAAAAGAAAGCAUGGAAGUAAAAGGGAGAGAGAAGGAAAAAGAGAAAGAGCGAGAAAAAUAUGAUGGGUUGAAGGACGAGGGACCGAGGGAGAAGGGACUAGAGAAGAAAAUAAAGGGAGAGGAGAAGGAGAGAGGAAAAGAGAAGAGAACAGACGAUCAGAAGGUGAUUGAUGCAUUGGGUGAAGAAAAGAAGGAAAUCGAACAAAAAAAGAAGAAAAGAGAUGAAGAAGAGAUACAGAAAGUCAAGAAGGAGGAGAAAGAUUGGACUGAGAUGGAGAAAAAGGAUAGGGAAAUGAGGAAGGAAGGGAAAAAGGUAACGGAGAAGGGAGAAGAUAGGCAUGUUGAUGAGAGAAGAGGGAAAGGGAUGGAUCAAGAAAUAAUGAAGGCUGAGGAAAAAGAAAAGGAAAAGAAAGAAAAAAUUGAUGAACAUAGAAAGGGUGACAAAGUUACAAAAGAGGCCCAGAAACCAAUAGAGAAGCAAAAAGAAGCAAAAGGCGAAGAGAAAAAAACUGUAUCAGGAAUGAAGAAAAAGGAAGAAGAACUCCCGAUACUAGCGAAAGUUUCUGGAAAAACUGAGACAAGCGCCGAUAAAGAAAUGGAAAAAUCAAUAUUAGAAGCGGACUCUAAAAAAUAUGAUAUGAAAGAAAAACAAAAAUCAGUGUCAGACGAAGGUAGUGGCCUCCAACCUCAAGAAAAGGUACCUGAAAUGGGAGAAAUUUCUGAAACUGAGGAAACCCAGCCACAAGGAAUCCGUGCAUUCGAUAGAAAACCUGCUUCUAAGGAUCAACUGGGGGAAAUUUCAAAGGAGUACGCACAAGAGCCCGAUGUGGCUAAAGAUUUGUUAAGUAAGAAAGACAAAUCAAAAGAAGAAAUAUAUGAACUUCCAAGUAAAGGUGAAGAAGACAUACGAACUAAGAUGGUUGAUAAGUCUAAAGCGGAAAAGGGAGAUCAGCUUGAUGAAGACAAACUUGGUAGAGAAUUGGAAACGGAUAUUUCAAUCAGUUAUUCAGACAAAAAAUUAAAACCAAAGCCGGAAGUCGAUGGGAAAAUAGCUGAAAUGAUACCAGGAUAUGAUGCAGUUGAACCAAAAGUUAUUUCUAGCGACAAAUCAAAAGAAAUGCAAAUGGCUGGUGUGGGAAAAUCGUCAUUAAAAACAAUGGAUACUCAUAAAAAAGAUACUAAAUGUGCUUGUACACAAUUGCGCUCAAGAAAGAAAAAGCGGCCCCCAGAAAUACAAAAAAAGUGUCUCUGUGAUAAAGGUUUGGUUACUGAUUUUGUCGAGGAUUACAAGUAUCGUAAAUUGCGUACAUUUUCCAAAGAGAAACAAUACAGUUGUGCCCAAACUAAUACUUGCAAUAUUAGGACGUCUCACAAAUCAGCCUCAUGUUCUACAGUUGAGAACUUUUGGGAUUUGAUUAAGUUAAAUAAAGAACCAGAGCAAACUUUUCGCACGGUUCCCUGUCGCAGUGAAUGUUUACCUCCUCCUAUCGAUCAAGAAAGGACAGGAUUAGAAAGUGUCAAAGAAUCUGGAAUACAUUGUGAAUGUGGUAAGGACCCAAAUUUCAUAGAAAUGUUAAUUGAAAUGAUUGAACAAGCUACCGGUGAACAAAAAGAAGUAACCGGUCUGUUGUCUCGAUGUAUAUGUGGCAAUAAUGGAAAAAAUCUUGACUUUGCUGAAGUUUUGUCACAGUUAUUGGAUGAGCUAGGUUAUCGAAAAAAGACCAAGCAAAAAUGCAGCUGUAAACCAAAAUUCUCAAAACGGAAAUUUUCUAGUCAAGGACGUAGAAAAUCUAGCCUAAUAGGCGGUCCAUCAAAUUCAGUAAAAGACGGUAAAAAAAGUGGUAUUGGUAAAACGCGUUGUGUUGAUACAUGUUCUAGUAAAAAAUGCACUUGCAUUGACACAUUGAAAAUGGAAGAACGGAGAAAACGAACAAAGUAGUAGAUAUAGUCGUCUAGUAUCAGAAGAAAUUUACCGUUUCGUUUUAUGAAGUUCUGUCAGAAUAAUUAUAGGCUCCUCAAUACUACAAAUUUUGGAAUCUUAGAUAAAUUUUUAUUUAGAGUAAUACGAAAGAAACUUACAAUAUUAAAUGGGAUGAUAAAUUACAGAUUUGUGCUCUGAAGUGGUACAGGAUCAUUCUAGAUCACAAAAUAUAAUUCUCAAGUGGAGUACUGUGAGAUUUCUCAACGCCGUUUGCUUCUUUCAAAAGCGAUCUUGUAUCACACAAUUGUAUAUCAUAUUUUUUACGAUUUUGUAUCAAAAUUUAUAUUCAUCAGUAAAUGAAGUACAAA